AUGGAAGCUCGUCGACAACCCGCUCGUAUUCAUAGAUUUCGACCUGCAUUGAUCACUCAGACUGAUGAUGCUUUACCGGAAUACAUGAAUUUAAUUGGUAUGAUUUGCUCAAUGUGUGCAUUGAUGCUCAAAAUUAAAUGGUGUGCUUGGAUCGCCCUCUUCGCUGCUAUUGUUGGAUUCGCCAAUGCUCGAGCAACCGAAGAUACAAAACAAGUGCUUAGUAGUUUGAUGCUUUCAAUAUCUGCCGUUGUUAUCACCUACAUGCAAAAUCCUACACCAAUGACGAUUCCAUUUUUCCAAUAG